AGCUGAUUGCAGCUGAUCGUGUACGUAGUUUCAUUCACGCGGUUAUGUCGGUUAGUUCUUUUACACGAGCUUCUCUCAAUCAACAAUGAGUGUUUCGAAAGUGCAGCACAAUGAGUAUUGCGAUUAUCGCAGUCCUUUAUCGACUCGGUACGCUUCCAAGGAGAUGCGGUACAAUUUUAGUGAUCAAAACAAAUUCAGUACGUGGCGCAAGCUUUGGAUUUACUUGGCAAAAGCUGAAAUGGAGCUUGGCUUGGCCAUCAAACCGGAGCAAAUCGCUGAAAUGGAGGCUCACGUGGAUGAUAUCGACUUUGAAGCGGCCGCCAGGGAAGAAAAGGCGACGAGGCACGACGUGAUGGCACACGUACAUGUUUUUGGUGAACAAUGUCCACGUGCUGCGCCCAUCAUCCACCUUGGUGCGACCAGUUGUUAUGUGGGCGAUAAUACGGAUCUCCUGAUUCUCCGUCAAGGCUUCGAUAUUCUGCUUCCAAAAUUAGGCUGCAUAAUUCAACGUCUCACGACAUUCGCUUUAAAGAACCGUAAUGUGCCUACUUUGGGUUUCACUCAUCUUCAGCCUGCGCAGUUGACGACAGUUGGCAAAAGGGCCAGCUUGUGGCUGCAGGAUUUGCUGAUGGAUGAAAGAGCCAUCCGUCGCGCUAGGAACGAUCUCAGAUUUCGCGGAGUCAAGGGCACGACGGGCACUCAAGCAUCUUUUCUUCAACUUUUUAACGGUGAUGCGGAAAAGGUAAAGCGAUUGGAUGCUCUUGUGACUAGAAUGGCAGGUUUCGAAAAGCAUUAUGCCGUUACUGGACAAACUUAUAGUCGAAAAGUCGAUAUAGAGUCUCUGAACGUUUUGAGUUCACUCGGUGCGACUAUUCAUAAGAUUUGUACAGACAUUCGUCUUCUCGCUAACAUGAAGGAAAUUGAAGAGCCCUUUGAGAGUACGCAAAUAGGCUCCAGUGCGAUGCCUUACAAGCGCAAUCCGAUGCGUUCGGAGAGAUGCUGCAGCGUAGCGCGUCACCUGAUGACGCUAGUAAACAAUGCUCUUCAUACCGCGGCGACACAAUGGAUGGAACGAACGUUGGAUGAUUCGGCGAUUCGCCGGCUCACCCUGGCAGAGGCCUUCCUGUCGGCCGAUACGAUUCUUAUGACACUCCAGAACAUUACAGAAGGUCUAGUCGUUUAUCCCAAAGUUAUCGCCAGACAUGUGGCGCAGGAGUUGCCCUUCAUGUCCACGGAAAACGUGAUAAUGGCCAUGGUAAAGGCCGGCGGUGACAGACAGGUUUGUCACGAAAAAAUUCGCGUAUUAUCGCAAGAAGCCGGAGCGCAAGUGAAACAACAUGGAUUGGAUAACGAUUUGGUUGAGAGAAUUAAAAGAGAUCCAUACUUUGCGCCGAUUUUACCUCAACUAAGCGAUUUGUUAGAUCCAUCGACGUUUAUUGGUAGAGCGCCCGAGCAAGUCGUCGAGUUCAUCGAAGAAGAGGUGUAUCCUGUGCUCGAAAAUUACAAAGGAUUGGAAAGCGGGAGCGUCGAGCUUAAUAUUUGACCCGAAAAAGGGAUUAUUAAUAUUGUUACAGUAGAUUCUUCAUUAUUUUUCCGAAGAAAUCUUUGUACAUUAAAUUUUUUUGCUAAAUCGAGAGUCUAAUUAGCUAUUAGCUCGAAUUUGUUCAGGGAUAACAAAAACAUAUGUACAACUAUUCAUUGUUAAUACUUUUUUUGUAUUCAUAAGUUUAAUAAAAUUAUAAAAAAAUAAUUCGCACUGUUCGCCGCACAUACGCGCACGUGUCUCCAUCGUUACUUAAUUCAGAGUUGCACAACUGACUGAGUUGAAAAUCAUCGUAAUACCCGCGAUGUUAACUAGCGAAAUAAGUCAAUUGUACAACUCUGACACAAUUAAUCACUAAUUAUUUCUUUUUUGUUUACAAUUUUUUUUGCCAAUUAGUCUUCUCUCCGACGUAACUACUGUGAUAGCGAAAACUUGACAGAUAGAUAGACAGAUAGAAGAAUAAACAGAGUGCAGAACAGGUAGAUAGAUAAAAAAAGAAAGAUAAAUAGACAAAUAAUGUACAGUAAGUAGAUUAAAAGAGAAAAUAGAAUUAAAUAGAAAAAGAAUGUAUUAUAUAUAAGACAGAAAAUGUAGAGACGAAAGAAAAAGGAAAAAAACAGGUAAGAGAAUUUUGACAAGAAAAAUAUAGCGUAUAGGUUUUUUAAAAGUGUUAAAAGAAAUUUAAAAAAUGAGAAAAAAUAAAUUUAAAAUAGAAAAUAGUAAUGAAACCAAUGAAUAGAAUUAGAAGUAAUAGAACAAAAAGUCAAAUGCAAGAAAGCGUAGAACUACGAUGAAGAAAUGAAAGAAAGAGAAUGAGAGUGAAAGCAUCG